AUGCAUAAGCUCCGACCACAGGUGGGGUUCCCCACGAGCCCAUGGGGCCUCCUCAGACAUUUCCUGACUCUCCACCUCCUCCGGCUGGGAUCAGCGGAAUUCAGAGUGGUAGGACCAGGCCAACCUCUCCUUGCCACCGUGGGACAGGACGUCGUGCUGCCGUGUCACUUGUUCCCAGGCAUGGACGCUCGGAGCUUGGAGAUCAGGUGGAUCCGGCACCAGGUCUCUGAAACAGUGCACCUCUACCGAAACGGAGCAGACCAGCACUGGGAUCAGAUGGAGGAAUACGCUGGAAGGACAGAGUUGGCCAGAGAUGGUCUGUCCAGUGGGAGCCUGGACUUGCGGAUCUCUGGGUUGAGACCCUCUGAUGAUGGCCAGUACGUCUGCACUGUGCAAGAUGCUGCCUCUUAUGGAGAAGCUGUAGUGGAACUGAAGGUGGCAGCCAUGGGCUCUGUCCCUCUCCUCUCUCUGGAGGCGUACGAGGAUGGAGGCAUCCGGGUGGUGUGUCGAUCGGCCGGCUGGUACCCGUCACCACAGGUGCUGUGGAAGGAUGCCGGUGGGCAGCAUCUCCCCUCGGUCUCCCAGGGACGUUCCCCAGACGCAAGAGGCCUCUUUGAGAUCCAAGAUGUCAUCGUUGUGAGCGGGAAGGGAGAUGUGAACGUGUCAUGCGUGGUGAGGAACAGUCGUCUGGUGCGGGAGCAGGUGUCGUCCCUGCACAUCUCAGCUCCCUUUUUCCACAAUACCCUUCCCUGGAUGGCAGCUCUGGGUGUGCUCCUCCUGCUUAUAGUGAUGCUUUUUGGCGUCAUUGCUUAUCUCUUCCAAAGGAAAGCCAAGAGGGAGCACGGCCAGGACAAGACGGCCAACGGGAUAUUCCACCCCACAGAUGUCCUGCUUGGAAUAGAAAUGGGUGCUCCUGGUGGCCUGGGACCCUCCCUCGCUGCUGGGGACAGGCUGGGCAAUCAGUCCUCAGGGAAGAAGAACUCUCUGGUGGCCCCAGAUCUAAUGCCAGGAGGGCAGGGACCAGCUGUGGCGUUGACCACCAUCUAUGCUGAGCCAGUUAGGCCACCACGUUCGGGCCCCGGAGGCCACAGGACAGGUCCUGGUCCUCGAUGGUACUGGGUGCUGCUGGGAGCUGGAUGGGUCGGGACGGGGUUCCUGGCAGGGGUCGUGGUGUGGCUGCUGCAGCGAUGUGGCCCCAGGGCUUGCCAGCUCUGUCCCAUGGGCUGGCAGCCCUUUGCAACCAAGUGCUACUGGGUUUCCACCAAAACCAAAGCCUGGAAGAUGGCGGCAGAAAACUGUCAACACAAGGGAGCUCAACUGGUCAUACUGGAGAGCCUGGAGGAGAAGGCUUUCAUCGAGGGGAUGAUGGGAAACGCCUCCGUGGCCUGGACGGGACUGAGGAAACACCAGGGGAGAGAGACCGAGUGGACAUGGGAGGAUGGGUCCCCUUUACAGAAAGCCUUGUGA